AGCUUUGCCCCCAGGCCCCAGGAUAACUUUGCACGGUCCUGGUUCUUAUUUAGGAGGCCUGAAAUUCGGUGUCCCUGGCCUUUAGGUGAAUUUUGUCUGUGGGACACGCGACCAGUCUUCCUGCGUUGCGGUCGCCAACUCAAAAGGUACACGUAAACUCGUCCCGAUGCGCAGUUGUCACACAGCAAAAACGACUUCACAAAGGCUCGACCUUGGCGGUUAGCCCAGGUUCGCGCUCCGGCCGCUUUACCCCUGAAGAAAGAACUACUAGUACCGAGCCUUAAAUGGGUCCAAUAGCCGGUCAGGACAUGAAGGCGAAGAAGGAAUCUCUGCUCCUACCGGAAAUUAAAAUCCGGUCUCCUGUUCCGCGCAGCCAGACAAUGACAAAUAUAUUUGAUUCUUUCAAAUAAAUCUGGCGUCGCGUGUUAUAAUUUUCAUGACCGUCUUUGCAAAGAGUACGGAGAUUUUCUGAGGGCUCGUAUCUCUCUCCUCUCGCUCUUUGCUUCUUAAUUUAUUUCGGUUAAUUUCAUCUGCAUGACGUCUUUACGCGAAAGAUGUUUUCAUUUGAAUUUUAAGUUGCUGUUUACAAGAGACCCCACUAUUAAAAUAAAUCCUUUCUGGUAUGCUAACAUUGAAAAAUAACAAUGUCAGAAAAAGGCAAGAAAGUGUUCUGUGCCUUUUCGAAAAGACGUCAAUUCAGAAUGUAUUCAGUACAAAAAGUAGUUGGUAUUGGUCCCUCAUAUGGCAAUCGCAGGGGACUGACGAAUUUCGAAUGCUAAGGCAAGGUUGUGUUCUACUUUGAGGUCAAAGGAUUCGUGCAUGUGGCAACGUAGCCACAAACCUGUGUUCCGCCAUCGUGCAGUGCUCUUCCAUUGGGUGACAGACACCCAAUCGGCGUGGCUCUUGGACUGCGGCCGACCGCUUUAUGCCUUGUUGCUGGGCGACUCCCAGUGCAGUUUAUGACAUUGAGUGUUACACGUAAUGCAAUGAUGAAAGGGAAUAUGCAGAGUAGUAUUUUCCAUGUUCAUUUAGUGUGACGAUAAGUUUGAGUGUAGUGAUGCCAGUAAUGAGUCUCGUUUUGUUUUUUGAAGCAAUUGUAGCCACAAUUUUUACAGGGACUAUCGCGUUAGGAUAUUCGUUUUUGUUUGUGAAACGAGGAAUGGGGGAUUAUAGCAACAAUGUCCUCAAGGAAUGAGUAGAACCAUUAAGCGUUUAUGAAUAUGGGUUGUGUUGAUCUCCGGCCUCAGAAUACUGACCACAAUCACCAUCUUGACAUUUUCCCAUUCACCUGUUCGAAAUAAUUCAUGUAUGUUUCUAGUUAUAUAAUUUGCUGGAUGAGGAACUUAUGAUUUUGCAUCAUAUAUUGGAGGAGACUGAUGAUGAUACAGAAUAAAUCCUCGGCAGAAUUUCAGGUAAAAUUGACCAAAUGGGGGAUGUACUCAACAGCGUAAUGCACCCAUUUCAAGUUCGGGAAGCGUGGUGUGAUGCCGGAGUGGUUAUGUGGAAGAUUGGGGCUGUAGCGGCCUUGACGUGGGGAGGGAGUAACAGGGACAAUCAUGACAGCUGGCAUGGUUUUCGAAUUAACCAUCACCUACGCAUCUCACUAGCAGUGGUGAUGGAUUAUUAGGUGUAGUAUCCGGUUGAUAUUGUCGCCCAUUAUAUCUGUGAAGGUGCCAUUUUCAGUGUCUGACAGAUAAAAGGUCUCAUGCGGAUGUGUUCAGUCGUCGUCGAGUUUGUCAUUGAAGAAACAAUAAACGUAUGCGCUGGCAGAGCAGAACAGACCAGACCAGGCCCUUUAUGCUUUGAUUUCUUGAGUAACUUUACAAGGUCCGUAAUGCCUUUCGAAAUAUCUUCCAGUUGACACGUGCUGCAUUUCUUCGUAUUCAAGGGAUUCGUAGUUUGAAUCCCUGCCUGGAAAGGUGUUCUAGAUUUUUGGAAUGACGCAGGUCACGAACACUUCCGUGGCAUUUCCAUUUCAUCGCACAUAAUUACGCAGAAUCCUUGUACAUAUUAGAUAAGUGUUGGUUGGUGAUAUUUUUUUAAGUCACCGUGUGUUAUAACCGUUGCCAUGGUAAUGCUGUGUAAGAAUUUUGGGCUCUGUGGAAAAUAUAAACUUUAUGGCUAUAUGUACGAACAGAUUUAGUGAAAAAGACGGGCAAUUUUUUACGAUUGAUAAUAAUUAAUAGCGCGAUUGAUAAAGCGUCAUUAAAUAUGUUGACACGCUUGUUUUCCUCAGUUCUCAGCAGAUUGGCACUCCUGACGGUCUUCAGAAGGUACAAGCCUAUACUACACAUUCCAGUAGUGGUCGCAGGUUCGACUGUUUUGCGAGGUGGGACGUGAUUUCUCUUCCGUCCCUCGAAGAUAGUAGGCCCCCUUCAAAUAGACCAAGACUGCCUCAAUCCGCAUAUAUUCGCUGCAUCAUCCUUCUGUCUUAGUAAAUUAAAGGAAAGAGUUAGUCUUAAAAAAAUAAAUACACGCUUGUUUACUUCCUAAAUCCGUGCGACACCCCUCUUUAAAAACCCCUGAGAGAAUUCCGCGCAGGAGGUGUUUUAUAUUUUGAAAUAUAAAAAUGAUAGUAUUUUUGUAGAACAGAUUUAUUUUUCUAAUGACAUUUACAGAAAUAUGGAAUAUUGACAGGUGAUUCGGGUGCACGAGAUCAUCCAAAACCCAAAAAUUUAUGUGGCACUACUUAUGCCCUCAUGGUGUUCAAAAAAGGGUAGAAAACCUCGGAACAACGAAAAUGUGCAGAAAGGAUUCUGCAGGACGAUAACCGUCAGAUGGGCCAGGUACAUUAAUCGCGCUCACAGGACAUGACGUAAGCACAGGAACUGCUGUACCACGGCCGACAGAGACCAACGCUCCAUGCGCUGCUGUUCUGUGCAGUCGCCUCGUGGCAGUGAAACCAUCGGCAAGAAGGGGUAGUAAAAUGGACUUCGCGUUGCACGAUUGCUGUGACAUGUGUUUGCUCGAUGGUGCUUGUGGUAACCACGCCAGGUCUCCAGACAGGAAUGUGUUUGUCAGGCUGGACGAGAGGACGAGGGAGAAUGGCAACGUCUCACCAACACCAACAUUGGAUGUGGGUUGUACAGAAUCCAUGUCGUGGUACAUGGGGGAUUUCCUUAGUGUUGGGUGUCGAGCAUCUCGCUGCCCAUUCGGUCCUCCAGGAUGAAUACCUGCAUCCCUGCAGGAUGUACUAAUGGUGCUGAUUGAAGGUGUGUCACUGACGGUUUGACGUGACAUGAUGGGGUGCUGGUGCAUUUUAGUGCACAGACUCAACAGCAACUGAACACAUGCUUUCCUGACAGGUGGCGACCCUGUGUCAUGGCCAUAAAGAUCGUCGAACCAGACCCUCUGGACGCCUUCCUUUGGGGAGACCAGAAAUUGUUUACAGACAUCCACCAAGUGACAUGGAGCACUUACUUAAGAGCAAAGUUUUGUGCUGCUGUGCCGACCAUUGAUGCAGACGUGUUACGUCGUGUGCAAGGAUGUUAUCCACGUGCGACGUGCGAUUGCAUGUCGGCGAAUGCAUGGUGGAAACUUUGAACACCCUAUUCCUGAAUGGACGACACUUAAUGUGACGGAGUGGAUGAACUCUGUGAACCUUAAUCGCUACGCGGAUAUUUUCAAGGCACGUGGAAUGAGAGGCUGUGACUUGCUGCAGCUGAAUAGUCAGAAACUGACAAAAAUGGGUAUCACCGAAGAGUUCCAUCAAAAAGCAUUGUUGGUUUGCUUGGAUGAGUUGGUUCAUUCUCGUGGAUAUGUAAGUGGCGCCAGCGCUGUUCGUGAACACGCCUUUGCCAUGCUGAAGAGGUGUGACAGAUGUAACAAGUUUCUGAGAGAAAUACCGCAUCAGCGGAAAUGUGGUCAGGGAGCACACUUGAGUUCAGCGCUGCUAUCUCAAAGUUCAUUACCGAGUGUGGACCAUUCUCCAUACCAUCGGUUGAAAAUACUUUUUGGUGUUGGUCUUUGUUAUCUAUUUAACUCGUGUGAUGAUCAAGCUCCACAACUCGUGAUAAGAUGCGUUCGUGAACUCGAGUCUCGAGCUAGAAGCGACCGCACACUUGACUUGUAUCAGCUGUACCACGCAUCUCCUCGACUCGACCAGAUCGAAGACUUGAGGACUAAAUUACAAGGAGAUGCGAUGAGUGUGGAUUUGUCUGGAUAUGGUUUUUCUACUAUUGCAAGUGUUCUGAAGAGGUUUCUUCUUGAGCUUCCAGAUACAGUCAUCCCUAUCCAGUGGUACAACAAAUUCAUUGAUGUGUCUGGCAUCACCAAUGAUGAGCAGUGUGCUUCACGUGUCAGCCGUCUAGUGCAAGACCUACCGGAACAUCACAAGUCUACCUUGCACUUUGUGAUGGUGCACUUCUGUCAGAUUUGUCAGUUGCAGUACGCUCGUGGGAUGACGGAGCCACCCACCCACAUAAUUGAUUUUCUGUGUCAUGCCUUCCUUAGACCGCCAUGGGAUAAAGCAGUUGAAAUGGUAUGUCAUACAAAAGCUCACCUUCGCAUCAUUGAGAUGUUGCUGCUCUGUGUUGACUGGGGUGUGGAAAGGCCAUCAUUCGCACCUAAAAUAACAAGUGGUAGUAUUCUUGAGACAGAGAUGGAUGUUGGUGAAUGUCCAUCAUCUUUACACAAUGCUGAGUGGUACUGGGGGGAUAUAACAAGAGAAGAAGUCAAUGAAAAGUUUAUGGAUACAACAGAUGGUACUUUCUUGGUGCGAAAUGCAUCAAACAGAAAAGGAGAAUAUACUCUAACUGUACGUAAAGGGGGCACUAACAAAUUGAUUAAGGUCCUUCUGAAAAAUGGCAAAUACGGCUUCUCGGAACCAUUUAAAUUUGAUACUGUCACAGAGCUGAUCCAUCAUUAUCGCACCACAUCCUUGGCACAAUACAACUGUAUGCUGGAUAUCAAAUUGCUGUACCCAUUGUCACGAAAACAAAAGGGACUUGAGAGUGCCAUUGUAGGUGACCCUGUAUCGGUUGCUGAGAAGCUUAUGAAUAUACACAAGGAGUUCACAGCCAAAGUAAAUAUGUAUGAUGGUUAUUCAGAAGAUUUUUCAUGCACAGAUCGGGAUAUUUGUUUAAAACAACAUGUCUUGGAGGCCUUUGAGGUGACUGUGAGAAUGUUUGACGACCAAAUUUUCUUACUGGAAAACUUCCAAAAGUAUACACAGGCCAGUGAAAUAUGGAAUGCACGCGACACCAUUAACCUUUUAAAGUGUCACCUGAAGAGUGUCAAAGAUUGCCAGAGACUGGCAGAAGAUGAGCUGAAGCAGCAGUUUGCAUUCAGCCACUCCAUAGAGCGAGAGAUGGUCUCUUUAAAGCCAGACAUAAUACACCUCUUCAAGCUCAAAGAGAAAUAUGAGGGGUGGCUAAGGCAGCAUGGAAUGAAACAGCAAUAUAUUUCGCAGUUUUUGAUGGCCAAUGAUUCUGCAGCAUCCUUGAAAUAUUUGCUGUCAGAUGCAAAGGUGAAUGCUUUGCCUCAGGAAAAUGAGGGGACUUGGCUUCUGAAGGACUGUACUCGUUUGAAUGCAGAACACUUGCUGGCCCGUCAUCCUGAUGGAACGUUUCUUGUCCGUCCAAGCCAAACUGGGCAGUAUGCAUUGUCCAUUGUUUGCAAUGGUGUUGUGAACCACUGCAUCAUUUUUCAGACUGUGCACGGUUUUGGAUUUGUCGAGUCUUACACCAUAUUUAAGUCACUGAAGUCGUUGGUGCUUCAUUAUGCUCAGAAUUCACUGGAAGAAUAUAAUGAUUUACUUAAUACAACGCUUGCUUACCCAGUGUUUGGGACUUCACUAAAGCAACCUUUGCUGCCUCCAAAGGAAAAUUCAAAAGAAAAAGCAAAGCAUGAUAAAGGCAUACAGAAGCAAAUUGAAAAACAGAAGAGAAUUCAAGACCAAAUGACACAGCAGGAUUCUGAUCAGGAGUCACGGCAACAAGAUCAAAUAAAAGUGAGUCGCAUAAGGGGAUAUGUAUUGACCCAUCCACGAUGAUGGUGUUCCUCUUCUUUCCUCAUUGUUAGACAGUCAUCUGUGAUAGAGGUUGUUGAAAGGAAUUGCUACUGUACAAUAACAUUAAUUCCACUGAUUACUAAUUUCAUAAUCUGAAGAGGGAGAUGAAAAUUAAAGAAGUAAUUUAAACCAAUCUGGAGUACAGUUAAAUUAACCACGUAAAGAAAUGCCAUUCAAGAAGCAUAAGUGAGAACAUGUUUUUAAUUCAUGAAAUUCUGUGCUUAGUUGAACUAACAUUUUAUAAAGUUAGUUGCUGCAUUGAUAAAAAUUGUAUGCAUUUGACCAUUGUUACAUGUAUACUAAUGACGUUCAUGACAAAUACAGAGUGUCAAGUAAUAAGGACAGAACAGUAAUGUUGCUGUGAAAACAUAACCGUCAAUAACUUUACUGUGUGGGAAGUAAACCCCCAUGUGACUGGGCUGCGAGCCAGACUUCAACUAAGGUGUGUAACAACAGCUUUCCAGUAUACAGCCUUGAUGCACACUCGACUAUGCUGUGAUGCAAUCUUGAUAAACGUUAAAUCCCCUGGAAAGUGAUGAGGUGAUCAAGAGUAGAAAACUGCCUUAGGCCCCCCAUACACACACAGUUUGGCCUUCCUAUCGACCUUACAGGCAAAACUGUGACAGUUUGCCCUCUACCUUUUCUUCCCCAUACACGCGCAGAUAAACCGGCAGGCUGCAUGCCACAGUCACAGUCUUCCAGCCUAUGUUGCCGAGUGCAGUGCAGUUAUGUUUAGUUGUUAAAACAUGUCUACAGUUGAUGAACUGUUUGCAUAUGCAGCUAUCGCGUGUGUAUUGCCCCCCCCCCCC